AUGAACCCCAGCAAGAAAUUCUUGUCCUGCGAAUAUAUUGAUGAGAAUUUUUAUAUUAAAAGCUCAUUUGGUAUUCCCUAUACAAAUGUUUAUGACCAAGAACGCCAGAAUUCUAAUGAGAUCGAAAGCAAUACUGUAAUGAGCUAUAACACAGCCAAAAACGAGUUCAACUAUGACAAUAAAACCUUAUCAAUAGUAAUGAACCCCCAGACUAUAAAAUCCUUUGUAAUUAUGACUUCCUCAAUUCCCCAGAAUAUUAUAAAUUUGUCCAUUGUCAAUUCCUUCCUUGGGCACAAAAUAGUUAGGAACCUUUCUCUAGUCUUAAACGAUCUGAUAAGCUUGAAAUAUCUAGAUCUAUCAGGGAACUCUAUAGAAGAUAGAGGAAUGAACUUGCUGAAAGAAAAUGGGGACUGCUUACUCUCCUCUGUGUGAGUGAACAAAACCGCUGGAAAAAUCCCUAUUUUUGCUCAAAGCUCACGCUCUGCGUGAAAAAAUUGAUAUAUAAGUGAUGAUUUUUGCAAUGAAAUCUCUAACUAAUUCUGUUGAAUUUAAACAGCUUGUAUUUUUCUGAAGUUUACGAAUUGAAUUAAUAUUAGCACCGAAAAAGAAUUUUUUUAAAUUUCGAAAUAAAAAUUUAAUCCCUCUGUGAGCAAACAAAAUUUUUUGUUUGCUCAUGAAGGGGGGAGUUAGCUAGGCUAGAAACAUUCAUUGUCUGCUUGAACCAUAUAACUUAUAAAGGAGCCCUGCUGAUAGCUGACUUUUAUAUAUUCAAAGAUCCAAUGCAUAUUGUUGCAGGAAAUUUUAACUUGCAGAAGUGGAAGAAAUAUAGAGAAGCAGUCAAGGCCUUUGAAAUGGACAUCUAA